CAUUACCCUAAAUAUUGAGUCAGAGACAGACUAUUUUGUAGUAGUACUAAAAUUCAGAAAGAAAAAUGAAGAAUUACUCCUCUUUCAUUUUUCUUCUCGUAAUAUUCCAACAUGUUUGUGCAAAUAAAAUCAUAGUAAAUAAUGGCUUGGAAGAAGAGGUGAAGAGAUCAGAGUUUCCAAAUGGUUUUCUUUUUGGAACUGCAUCUUCUUCCUAUCAAAUUGAAGGAGGAUAUAUUGAAGAUGGCAGAAGUUUUAGCAACUGGGAUGCUUAUUGUCUUAUCAAUGGUGCAAUACCAAAUGGAGGAAAUGGAGAUGUAGCUGAUGACCAUUAUCACCGUUACAUGAAAGACAUUGACACAAUGGCCUCUGUUGGAGUAAAUGCAUAUAGAUUCUCCAUUUCCUGGACUAGAAUUCUACCUAGAGGAAAGCUAGGGCCUGUGAAUCCUGCUGGUAUAAAAUUUUACAAUAAUAUCAUUAAUAAUCUCUUACUCAAAGGAAUAACACCAUUUGUGACUAUCCAUCAUUAUGAUUAUCCUCAGGAAUUUGAAGACAGAUUUAGGGCCUGGCUCAGUCCUUUUAUGCAGGAGGAGUUUGUUUACUUUGCUGAGGUAUGUUUCAAGAGUUUUGGGGAUAGAGUGAAGUAUUGGGCUACUAUAAAUGAGCCAAAUUUAUAUAUGGAAAUGGCCUAUUUGAAAGGAGCGUUCCCACCUUCACAUUGUUCUCCACCAUUUGGGAAAUGUUCAUCUGGUAAUUCAGACACUGAGCCUUUACUUGCUGUCCACAACUCAAUAUUGGCCCAUGCCAAGGCUGUCAAACUCUACCAUCACCAAUUCCAGGCAAAACAAGGUGGGAUGAUAGGAAUGGUGGCCAGUGCUUACAUGUAUAAGCCAAUGACUGAUGACGAGGCUGACCACAAAGCUGCAAACAGGGCUUUGGCCUUUCAUGUCGCCUGGCUUCUUGAUCCUCUAGUACAUGGAGAUUAUCCAAUAGAAAUGCAACAUUAUCUUGGGAAAGAUUUACCAAGAUUCAGCUUUGAAGAAAAAUUACUUAUAAUAAACAGUACAGAUUUCAUAGGACUUAAUCAUUAUACAACAUGGUUUACCAAGGAUUGUCUUCAUUCAAAUUGCACGUGCAUGGACAGUGAUGUUCUUUGUACACAUGGUGAAAAUACUGCAAUUCGUGGGUUUGUCCUUGUUACUGGACAGAAAGAUGGUGCAUACAUAGGAGAUCAAAUGGGAAUGCCUGGAAUGUAUGUUGUUCCACAAGGCAUGGAAGACAUUGUUGAUUAUGUUAGCAAGAGAUACAAUAACAUACCUAUAUUUGUGACUGAAAAUGGGUAUGCAUCAAAUGAGUAUCAAGAUGGAGGAUAUGAUAUGGACUUAGAUAUGAAACGAAUUAAAUAUCACAAAACAUACUUAGCAUCUUUGGCUCGAUCAAUUAGGAAUGGUGCUGAUGUGCGUGGUUAUUUUGUAUGGAGUUUGUUGGAUAAUUUUGAGUGGAGAUUUGGAUACACUCUCCAAUUUGGGCUUUAUCAUGUUGAUCCACUUUCGUUGGACCGAAGCCCAAAACUAUCGGCCCAUUGGUUUAGAGAGUUCCUCACUAACACUACCCUCAACAAUAUACAAGCAAAGAGCUCAAUAUAAAAACAUUAUUAAACUUUUUUGUAUUUUUAAUUCUAUGUAAUUUAUUAUUGUUCAUUUGGAAAUUUCUCUGUGAUUUGAGGAUCAUAAGUAGUGUAUUGCUAAAACUUAGGAUGAUUUGGAUCACCUUGAGAUACAUUUGAUAUCACCAAAAACAUCAAACAGCACAUCAGUAUUUCGAGUUGAUAUUU